UUGAAAAGAAAUAUUAUUUUAUUUUUAGGGUAAAUAUUUUAUUAUUUAAAUUUAGAGAAUUACUAUUUAUCAAUUCUAAAUUUAGUGAAUAAAUAGGAUAGAUAAUGUAAAUAAUUUUUAAUUAUACUAUUUUAAAUUUAAAAUAAAAUUUUUAAAUAGAGUAGUUGAUGCACAGUAUUUUUUUUAUUAUAAAAAUUAUUAUUUUUUUAUUUGUUUUCGGCUACUUGCAGAGAUGCAGUGCACGUCUCUACUAUUCUACCGUCAAUUUUUUUUAGUCAAUGAUUCGAUUUUUUUAAUUUUCUUUUGGUUUAUAUAACGGUUCGUACAGGAGGCAAGUGCACCCUCAGCUCAUGCUUCUCCGGUUGCAUCAAGAUGUGCAUACGCAGGAUAUAUCGCCAGGCAAUUACUUCAGUACUUAUAACGAAGUUUAUGUUCACCAUCCAAAGCCUUUUCGCCUUUGUUUGUAAUAACUAAUGAAGAAUAAAGAUAGUACUUUUGUGAUCAACAUAGAUGAGGAAUGGAUCAGGAAAUUGGAAAAUAUUGCAAACUAUGAAGCAAAAAGGCAAUUUACGGAUCAAGAUUCAACAAUCUUUAGAGUCUCAGAAAUUUUACGAGCUGCCCAACCCGAGGCAUACGAGCCAAUGCUUGUCUCACUGGGACCUUACCACCAUCAUAAGCCUCACCUUCAAGCUAGAAAUCAGCUCAAGUGGCUUUUGCUCAACAAGUUGUUGGAAAAAAGUCCUAAGAAAGGUCUACGGGACUAUCUCAUACUCAUCAAGGAAAAAGAAAUCCAAGUGCGAAACACUUACUCAGUGCAACCAAUCAACAUGUGCGAAGAAACUUUCAUUGAAAUGAUGUUGCUAGACUGUGUAUUUGUCAUUAUGAUUUUGUGGUUUUGGAAGGAGGACCAAAAUGGAUUGAAAGCAAUAGAAAACCCGGUCUUUAUGAGCGGCCAGCGAUCAUGGAUAGUAGUGGCACGAGACAUGUUGCUUUUGGAGAAUCAAUUGCCCUUCUUUUUGCUCGAGACUUUGUUCGACUCGGCAUUUCCUAAUAAGCAUGGUAGGCUAAAGCAAUGGAUGGUUCAAUUCUUCAGUGGCUUUGUAAAUGAUAAGAUACAAGAAGCACCUAAGGGCACUAACACAAUUCAUCACAUUCUCCAUCUUUUUUAUUUAUGUAUUGUGUCAUUAAACAAAAGUAGCAUCGUUGUUGCUCCUCAAUCGACUGUAUUUGAGCGCCUUCAAAAUGAUGACAAUCAUCAUUGGCUGACACCGAGGCUGGGAUGGAUCCCGAGUGCGACUCGAUUAGCGGAGACCGGCAUAAAGAUGAAGAGGAAGCAAAAGGCAACAUCUUUCUUAGAUAUCACCUUCAAUAAAGGGGUUUUAGAGAUACCUCCGCUUGAGAUUGAUGAUGACACCAACAUCCUCUUUAGGAACCUCAUUGCAUUUGAGCAAUGCCAAAAGGAUGCCAGUGGCAACGGCAACAUUUCAGCCUAUGCCUCAUUCAUGUCUUGCAUCAUUGACACUGCUGCAGAUGUUGAACUGCUCCAGGAGAAAGCCAUCAUCAUCAACGGGUUUGGAAAUAAAAAGAAAGUAGCCAAUCUCUUCAGCAAGCUCUGCAAGGAGGUGGUGAUUGACCACGAAAACUGUUAUAUUUCCGGCAUCUUCAAGGGGGUCAAUGAGCAUAAUAUCCACAAAUGGAACACAUGGUGUGCAGACCUAAAUCCUAAAUACUUUCCUAAUCCUAGCUUAUGUACCUCAUUUAUAGUUAUUUUGCUCUUUAUCAUUGCAAUAAUGCAAUUUGCCUUAUUAUUUUCAUAGUAAACGACAGUAUAUUUGUAAAUAAGAU